AUGUCGUGGACCGUCAAUUCGAUCAAGGUCGAGUCAAGAAGUGGUUCGACUUCACUCAGUAUCUUCGCCAAUGGGAGGAUGCAGGCCCCUGUUUACGUUUUGCUCGAAGCGCGGAAGGACGGCAAGCCAUACCAGUUGACUUCAAACGAUCUGACUAGAGUCAAGAUAACGAAUUAUCAUACUGAUGAACCUCUUUCUGGGUCCUUUCGGUAUUCAUCCACUGAUCUUGGUUACACUGCCCCCUUUCCCUCGUCAUCCAAGAGCGACAAGACCGUCGAUGAGAGCCAUGAGCAAGCGGAAGACCGUCUGAUUUCCGCCUACCAGACCCAUACACUGUAUGUUUUCUCAACGCAGAUCGGGGACAUACGGAUCGGCGCAAGCAUUCUACAGCCCGAUAACGUGCUAGUUACUACACGAUCGGGCAGCAAUGACAGUAGCAUUUACAUCGACGCGAAGCCUCGUCCAUACUACACUUUGGAUGAUGUAAAGUUCGAGCGAGAAGACACGGCUGAUGGGGCUAUUCACGGAUCGAUAGGUUCUUUUCCAGUAUCACUCAAGUGGGACCAAGACAACUACUACCUUACCAGCAAGAAAUAUCCAUUCAAGAUGGCCAGUGUUUAUGGCACUCAGCAAAACGGACAGGGUGAGGUUGGCAAGCAGCAUUGCUAUGCUAUUGUGGAGGAUAACACAGUAACAAACUGGUGCUUUGUCUGGCCGAUGGGCUCCGCGCAAUCCAAGAAAGUAGGAAGCGCUACAUCGGCAAUAGGAGAGGCUUAUGCCAACAUCCGGGUCAACCAAAAGGGGGAACAUGUGUUGACUGUCACUCGCUGGAAGAUCCAGGGUAAAAUGGCUGCUUGGCCGCCCGUUUGGAGUUACUGGUGUUAUUUCGACAUUUAUGAUAUCUACGGCAACGAGAAGAGAUUCUACCUGGAUAGAUCGGACCGUCACAAUCUUCUCCACUUGAAGGAGAACCAACCAUGGAGCCAGGCAGCUGUUUCCGACAAUGGGCUUCCUCUUGACGGUCAUUCCCUUGAAGCUGGCUUUGAGCCAGUUCCACUUGGACCGGAUGGCACACCAGACCUCGAAGCGCUUGGUAUGAAGCCAUCUGCUUGA